AUGCUGUCCGCAUCUUCACCUAUUACUUUUCCAAAGAGCUCGCCUGCUCCGAAGCGCCCAACGCCUCAUGAAGAACCUACGAAAUCAAAGCCCCGCGUCGAUGGGCCCUUCAUAUUGGAUGGUGAUGAUUCGGAGGAUGAGAGCCAAGAACCCCAAAAUGGUUCCCACAUAGCCAAGAGGCGCAUGCUGCAACACCCCCCCGAACACGAUGAUACGGCCCCUAUAAUGCAACACGAAGAGAACCAUAAGGGCGAUGACACUCAGACUUCUGUCGAGACAUCUGACAUUAGGGCUUCAACAGAACCUCCAAACUGGUCAGCCAAACCCUCUUUAUUCUCUGGCUUGAUUCUUGAAACCAUUUCCCCUUCGACGUAUUCCGCCAAAACAUGCUGUGGCAAGUCUGCAACCAUUAAGCAACGAAAAACGUCUGCUGCAGUGUCAUACGAAACAAUGGUAGCAGCACGAUCCAAAACGAAAGAGGGCAGAGCGAAGCGAAGCUACUACGGUAUUGAAAUUCACGACUUGAUAAACAAGGCAGCAAAGGAAAUCAGAAACAAGCCUUUAACCGUUUCUACUAAACCCGAUACGAUAAUACCAUCACUUGAGGCCCCGAUUUCAGGCGAGAAACCAAAGAAAACCCUUCUAUGGACUGAGAAAUAUCGUGCACGAAAUUUUAUGGACUUGUGUGGCGACGACGGCACCAAUCGACAAGUACUCCGAUGGCUGAAGCGAUGGGACCCUGUUGUUUUCCCCGGCCAGGCGAAGGCUAAGCCAGUGAUGACCAGAAGACCCGGUGCGAAGCAUCAAUUGGAGGAAGAGAAGCCCCAUCGCAAGAUAUUGAUGCUUACUGGACCACCGGGCUUGGGAAAGACAACUCUGGCUCACGUCUGCGCGAAACAGGCCGGAUACGAGGUUCUAGAGGUCAACGCCAGUGAUGACCGCAGCCGUGAUGUCGUCAGGGAUCGGAUACGGACAAGCUUGGGCACGGAAAGCGUGAAAAAUGUCACCAACAACAAAGCCAGCGACGGUUCACAGAAAAUUGCCAAGCCCGUGUGUGUGAUUGUGGAUGAGGUGGACGGUGUGACGUCUGGAGCUGGUGCAUCUGGGGAAGGUGGAUUCAUAAAGGCAUUAAUUGACUUAGUUCUGACGGACCAGAGGAACUCGUCGGCCCCGACGUCUGAGUACAGUCAUAAAAAGAAGAAGGGGGAUGACUUUCGACAAAUGCGGCCAUUGGUUCUCAUCUGUAAUGAUGUCUAUCACCCGUCCCUGCGGCCCCUACGACAGUCGAAUCUGGCAGAGAUCGUCCACGUUGGCCGACCAUCACUUGAUGCGGUAGUUGGCAGAGUCAAAAGUAUCUUCGAGAAGGAGGGUAUUCCUUGCGACAAGGACGCCGCAAGAAAGUUGUGCGAGGCAGCAUGGGGCAUGACAAGUGGUAUUGAUGCCAAACGGGGGGCGGAAAGCACCGUUGAAGGCGACCUGCGCGGUGUCAUGGUUGUGGGUGAGUGGGUGGCAGGCCGGUUCAGAUCUUGCCUCGGUCAUGCGAAUCAGCGACUCACACGCCCGUGGAUCGAAAACAACAUCCUACGCGACUUGUCAAGCAGUGCCGCUGGAGCCAGAGGCCUGGGACGAGGAAAUGUACGAGAUAUUAUCCAACGCGUAUUUCAAGAAGGCGGCGGCUUUCCUAAACAAGCCAUGGACCUAUCUGAACCCAAAACCCUGCAUGAGCAGCCAAAGGCUGAGUUGGGCUUCGGCGAACAGCAGAAGAAAUACGCCAUGGGCCGCCUUGGCCAAAUGGUCGACACGAGCGGCGAAAUUAGCACCAUCCUGACGGAAAUCUUCGCCGAGUAUCCGAACCGCGAGUUCAACGACGACAUCUACCUCGCCAAACCCAACCAAGCUUACGACUGGCUACAUUUCCAUGACUCCUGCCAAUCACGUCUAUACGCAAGCCAGGAAUGGGAACUGGCGCCAUAUCUCAGUCAACCAAUCCUGGCGUGCCAUCACCUGUUUGCCUCACCCAAGAAGCAUUACACGAUGGCCAGUGGCUUCGAAAAACGCUGGGGCGGGGUGGAAAAAGAAGAAGACAAUAGUCCUCCAGUGCCAUUUUCCGGUCCUCGGGCUGAUUUCCAGGCUCGCGAGGCAGAGAAGCAGAUUCGGUCGCAGCUUCAAGCUCUGCAGUCGCAGCUCAGUCCGACGCUCAUGCGGUCUUUCCGCAGCGCAGAGGACGUGGCCACGGAGUUUCUGCCUUACCUGAUCCGCCUUGUAUCCCCGGAUGUGAAGCCCGUCGUGGUAGGCGGCAGCCAGGGGACCAUGGCGAGCGUCCGCAAGGAGAGCGAAAAGGUCAUGGUCCAGCGGGCUAGCCAAGUCCUGGCAGAGGUUGGAAUUGCUCUUCACAAGGGUAAAGUCGAAAGCGAGAUGACGGGGGGGCGUGGCCCCCAAUACGUCUAUCGUAUGGAACCUGAUCUCGACUCGCUCUCGACUUUCGAAACAGCCGUCGCUCUCCUCCAUUCCCAAGCCCCAACCCGCUAUGCCGUCAGGCAAGUCCUCGACCAGGAACUGCGACGAACCAUUGCGCUGCGGGACAACAGUGCUCGUCAGGCUCGUUUCCAGGCUGGAGCUGCUUCACAGGUCCAGACGCCGCUUCCUGUGCACGACGACAAGGAGAACAAGGCUCUGCCAGAAGAUAAGCCCGAUGUCGUGGUCAUGAGGGACUUCUUUGGGAGGAUCAUUGAAUCGAAGCCGUUGGCGGAGUUGGAUGGCAACUGUGAUAGGAGACGUAGGCAUGAAGAGAGAAACGUGUGGGUGACGUAUCAUGAAGGGUUGAAUAAUGCGGUCAGGAAGCCGAUUUCGUUGAAGGAGUUUUUGGGGGUGUUGUAG